AUGGAUUCGUCUCUAACUGUCGAAAAAGUGAUAAUGAUCAGCUAUCUACACCUCGCUCACAUCGCAACGUCAAUUGAGAAGGAUAACACUCUUGCAACUAAUAACCACAUCCAAGGUUCUUUGUCUAUCAUUGAAAAUAUUUUCAGUUCAAACCAAAUGAGCGAAACAGAAAUCGCAGAAGUCCUCACAACGUUUAUUGUGAUCCUUCAAAACCCAACAGAAAAAUUGGACAUUGUGAACGAAGCUUGUACUGCAUUAACAAAGAUCAUUCCAUGUCUUCAAAACAAUACACAAGGUGACGUUUUGGUUUCUUCAGUCGUCAUGUGUCUUCUCAAAAAGUCUUUUCAAUCCGAAAUUACAAUUGAAAAAAUAUUGUUGGUUCGGGAGUGCACACUUUCUUUAAAAGACGAGAAACUUCUUUUCAUGGCAUUUGAGUGGAUGAAACAGAGCGUCGCACUUUCAGCGGGAAAUUUGGAUAUUCAGAAAAUGCUUGAUGAAAAUUACAAACUGACAAUUAAAGACCUUUUUGAUAAAUCACUUUCAAAGAAUUUGGUGUCAAUAUUGAAAUACAUUUUACUCUAUUUAUUAAACCAACUGACAAUAGAAGACAUAGGAAACAAAGCAAAGACAAUAGAAACGCUUCAAGAGAUAUAUACAAAUCACACCACAGCGUUUUAUGAAACACCAGAAUUAUUUGAUGCUUUGAAAUAUCGAAUUGUUCCAAUGUUACUGACAGUUGUUGUUGUUCCUUCGAUUUUCAUUCAAAGUGCAAUAACAUCCAUCACACUUAAUUUCUUAGAUGAGAUAUUUUGUUUCCACCAUUCUUCGAUGAAGGUCGAAUUUGAGAAUUACAUCGUCCAGCUGAUUUACAUGAUUGAAUUGAUUUUCACAACAACAAGCGAUUUGGAAACGAGAUUCUCCCAUGACGUGAUUGUGCAAACAACAAAGCUCAUUGUCAGAAAUAUACGACACAUCUUUUUAAGAGAAAACAUGAUGGCCAACUUGUUUUUUAACUAUGAUUGUGAUCCUUACUGCACAGACUUGUUCCAAUUUUUUAUGAUGACUGUGUUCAAACACUUGAAUGGAGAAGGAUACAACAUGCUUCUUCCGGUCGUGUUGGUAUUACUAAAGUCUGUGAAGCCGUCUUCAAAUAAAACCACGUACAAUUGGCAAGACGCUCUUGAAACAAAGAAAUUUUAUCGACAAAUGUCAAACGCUUUUGCUGAAAACAACUUCACUGGUAUUAAAGAGUUCACACAAUGGAAAGCCUCCCAUGACAAAGAUGGAAAAGCACCAACACCAGAUGAAAUUGCAGACCUUUUCUUGACUAUUCCUCAAAUCAGCCGAACACGGGUCACAGAAUACUUUUUAAAUGACGAUGAGUUCAACCAAAUAGUUUUUGGAAACUAUUUAGAAAAACUUCAUUGUUAUGAGAUGGAUGUUCUCAAUUGUUUCAUUCGUGUUGUUCAAACGGUUGAACUGCCAAAAGAGAACGAAAACAUCGACAAACUGUUUUUAAAAGUAGCGCAAAACUAUGUCAAAAACGUGUCUUCCCAUGUCAACGAAAAUCAGAAUGCUCAAGAAGUCCCUGUCGAUAAGAAGGUUAACGACAUCGCUACGUUGUUUUCUGAUGUAAUAAAAUUAUCACUUUCGCCAGUCCCACGAAAAACAAAAAUAGAAAUUUCUCUCGAGGAGUUCGUGCAAAAAAACAACGACAACUUCUUACCAAAAGACGUUGUUGCUCAUAUUUAUCAAUACGUCGACACUCAUAUAAUUGUUGUUCCAAAUUGUUUACCAACAACAGUACCAACACAACAUAUUCACCUCGAUUUUAAAGAGCGAGAAUGUAUGUGCCGCCCCUACGAACUUGGAGUGAUUGACGUGUAUCCCAAAUUCAUCAGGGUAUUUACUCCCCUUUUGUUGGGCGCUCUAACCAAAAAGGAUUUGUUUAAAAAGGAAACAGCUGAGUGUUAUGUUUAUUUGGUCGAGGUUGGUAGGAUAUUACGCGACAAUGAAGUCGUCAAAGAAGUAGUCCACUCCCUCACCACGGUGUCUGGGGUCUUACAGAAUACUUCAUUUUUAGAAGAACGCAAAAAGCUCGACGAGGUCAUAGUGUUACUGAACAUUAUCAAGUCGUCAUUCCCGUUUUUGAUCAACAAUGAAGACACUGUCAGAGUCUUGAGCAAGUUGUAUAAACUUGGGGUUUUACAUGUCGAUGAUCCAAAAGACUUUCCUGUUCUUCAAACGAAGCAAGAGAAGAAGGAGGGUUGGUGGUUCACCAAUUUGUUUUACAACGAGAAUAGUCUUAUUGAACAAAGCAUCAAAGAAAUAACAAGCCAUGUUAAAUUUCAAGAAGUGUUUGUGGAUUACAAAAGUGGAGAAGAGAUAAUGAAGUACAUGAUCAUGAUGGUUCAAGAAUCAACUGGGGAAGACAGACUCGAACUUUUGAAUACUGUGCAAUACAUCGUGUUUAAUUUGCGAGAAAAACUCGACGAAGUUGUUGACAUUUUAAUAUCGAAUGUGACACUUGCAAUCGACUCAUAUCCGUUUUUUGAAUAUGUGAUGCGUGUUUAUGCGUAUGCAAUUGGUGUGAAAAAGAAUGGCAACCUUGCGUUGUUGGUUCCAUUCCUUACAUCACAACCACACCAACAUCUCACCACUGUCACUCCCCUGGUUUCUGCAAUCUUUUGUGGGAUAGUGAGUCAAAAACAAAUAGUAAUGGACAUUUUGAAAGAAAAGCCAAUUUUGGUACCGAUCGCGUGUUGUGUCCUUUUAAAAAGUGUCGACAAUGAUCGCGUCGACACAGUGCUCAUGAUUAUCAAAGGUCUUCAAAAUGGGGAAUCCAAAAAUGCGAUGAUUAGUAACUUAGUUCUUGCCAUUGGCGCUAAUGCGGAUUUAGUUGGGUGGAAGUCUUGUUUGGAAGAGUGUAUAGACGUGAUGAUAUCUUGCAACACUAUCAAUAGAAAUUGGCUCGAUCUAUGUGAAAGGAAGAGUGUUGAUGUCACCAAAGUACUGAACUAUGUUUCUGAAAAGGAAAUAACACCACAAACUGCAAAGGUUAUUAGUGAAAUAGUGAUGAUCUUAAUUGACAAAGAACGUUCCAAAUUACAAUCGCCCGUUCUUAUCAGUUCAUCGUCGCAAAUUCCAAAGGUAGACAGUGAGCUUGAGAUUUCUGAAGGGUAUGCUAUGAACAUUCUCGUGGAAUGUGCAAAGGCCGAGAAAGAGUUAAUGCCGAUUGUGGAGAUUAACAUUGUUGCUCUCAAAAAGUUAUUCCCGACGUCUUUUGUUGAAGGUUCGUCUUUCUACAAAACAGUAAUGGAAAACGUUCCACAAGAGAUUGUUCACAAAUUUUCCACACCUGCGUCUGAAAAGAAAGAACCAACAGACCACAUUUUGCCCGCCUCACAACAAGGGCAAGCUGCACCACCUCCAGUUCCUGUUGUUUCGCCAACAACUGAACCCCAAGAAAAGAUAGUCGUUCAAUAA